AUGAGGCUGUUACGGAUACAACUCACUAGCUGUGACCAACGCUCAUAUUUGCUGCCACUAGCUUUGCGACACAACCCGCGCCGCCGUGCUCCUCCGCUCGCUGCCAUUGCUACAACCACCGAGCACAAGCGGGCGUCCUUCGAUCGACGAAGCUUUUGGAAGCUAUCAUAA